GUAAUAUGUUAUGGUGGCCGCUCUCUCCAUACUGCUGAAAAGAAUUGGGGUAUCACACAUCUAGAAUGCCUGGCCGUCCUAGAAGGUAUUAAAAACUUCAGGGUGUACCUUGCAAAUGGAUCAUUUUCUGUUUACACAGACCACAAAGCUCUGACUUGACUUAAGAAAACCAAACAUGACUCUGGUCGCCUUAGUAGAUGGUCCCUCAUGCUGCAAGAGUAUGAUUUUGAGAUCAUACACAGGCCAGGCAAAGCCAACACAAAUGCAGAUGCCUUAUCUCACAUUCCUCAUGCAGAGCAAGUACAUCAACCUAACACUGAUGAUAUACCCUCCCCACCCAUUUCAACAGAACCCAUCUCAUCAACCCGCACAUAUGCACAAGUAGCUGCCACUGCUUCAUCUCCACUCUUACCCACUCCAACUUCACAUUUGAUGUCACCAUCAAGCAGCCCCAAAGUGUCAUUCCCUCAUCACCAAGGCAACACGAGGCCUACUCCCUCGACUGCCACUUCUCACCAUUAUGCCAAUCCCAAUACAGGCAACAUGAGGUUUACACCCUCGACUGCCACUUCUCGCCAUUAUGCAAAUCCCAAUGCAGGCAACAUGAGGUCUACACCCUCGACUGCCACUUCUCACCAUUAUGCCAAUGCCAAUACAGGCAACAAGAGGUCUACACCCUCGACUGCCCAUUCUUCCCAUUAUGCCAAUCCCAAUACAGGCAACAAGAGGUCUACACCCUCGACUGCUCAUUCUUGCCAUUACGCCAAUCCCAAUGCAGGCAACAAGAGGCCUACACCCUCGACUGCCUCUUCUCUCCAACAUGCUAAUUCUCACUCAGCCAACAAGAGGUCUACACCUUCGACUUCCUUCACUCGCCAAUAUGCUUAUUCAAAAGCAGGCAAUAUGAGGUCUACACCCUCAACAGCCUUAUCUCACAAACCAGCCAGCCAUGCUCAUCCAAGUCCCAUGCCACCUACUGACAAGAAGACAAACAAGUCGGUCACCAUUGCUACAAAAUCCUCCAACAACAGUGUCCACACCAAACUACCAUUCAUGUCUCGUCCCUCCAGCCAACUGAGGUCUUCUUCCUCUUCAACCAAAUCAUGCUCAUCUCCACAAAACAACUUUCCAAAGCAUACAAACAUUGACAAUGACACUCUUGACUCACACAGUGUCUCAUCAGAAGAUAUCAGUAGAGAUGACAUAACAUCCUCUAUAUCUGUAGACUUUGUCUACAAGUCGUGUCCUCACGAUCCUCCUUCAGGCCCUAUGGUCUUUGCUAUAGGAACUGAUCUUGAUGAUAAAGACUUGGCAGAAAAGCAACGUAAAUCCCCUGACCUUUGUCCAAUCAUGGACUACAUUGAAAAAGGUGAAAUUCCUUCCACCUAUACAGAUGUUCAAGUCAAGGGUCUAACUGGCCUUGCUCAAGAGUAUGACAUACGUGAUGGUAUUCUGUACCACUUCUAUCAUGCAAAGCAUCGAGGUCAGAAAAACAAUCGCCCUCCUAUGGUAACACAGCUAGCUGUCCCUGUCUGCUGUCGCAAAGAGCUUCUUUUUGCCUACCAUGAUUCCAAAGCUGGUGGUUGCCACUUUGGACGAGAUGCCACUCGUCAGACAAUACUCACAAAGUAUUACUGGCCAGGCUUAUACCAGGAUAUUGAGAAUUAUGUCAAGUCCUGUGAUGACUGCCAACGCUCCAAAAGAAGGACAAAUGCCAAGCCAGCACCAAUGGUGCCCAUGCCUAUUGAGGACACAUUCUCUCGUCUCCAUGUUGACAUCCUUGGGCCAUUGCCUGAGACUAAGGAAGGUUAUAAGUAUGUUCUCCUUGCAGUUGAUUCCUUCUCACGCUGGACUGAAGGUUUCCUUAUGCGCACUCAAGAAGCCUCCGAGGUUGCAUCAAUCCUGUUCACUGAGGUUUUCUCACGGUUUGGUGCUCCCCGUACUCUUCUUACUGACAGAGGUAGGCAGUUCACUUCCAAGCUAGUAAAUGCUCUCUGUGAACUCCUCGAUAUCAAGCACUACUACACUUCGUCCUAUCACCCCCAGACUAAUGGGAUGUGUGAAAGGAGGAACAGUGUCAUAGAGCAGGCUCUCCGAACAUAUGCUGACCCUGAUCAGACCAAUUGGGCCAAACUCAUUCCAUGUGUUAUGAUGGCCAUGCGCAAUGUACCUUGUCAAUCUACAGGGUAUUCACCACACUACCUUCUGUUUGGAAAGGAAAUGAAUCUUCCUUUUGACACAACCUUGCUGCCUAAAUCUACCCUCGGCAAAGAUGCACAGGGUCAUCUUCAAGAUCUCUUGAAAAAUCUGAAUGUUGCAAAAUCCCUUGCAAAGGACAACAUGUCUGCUGCUCAGGAUAAAAGCAUGAAUCUUCAGGAUGUCAGAGCCAAGGAACCUUCAUUUGCAGUUGGUGAUCAGGUUCUCAUGACUGAUCCAACUGUCAAAACUGGCCUUUCCCCCAAACUGUCAAAGAAAUGGAUAGGACCUUACAGAAUCAUUCGCAUCGGUCUAAACUAUACAUUCAAACUACUGAACACUAACACAAACAAAGAACAUAAAUCCUUCAUUCAUGCCAACAGACUUAAAACUUAUACACCUCCAACCCCUCGAAGACAAACUGCACAACCAGCUCAGCAUCUAGCAACACCCACUCAGUCGACGGCCUCCCAGCCCGACAAUCCUCGUAGAGAAGCCUUACAAACAGCUCAGCAUCAAUCACCUCCAACUCAGUCAACAUCCUCCCAUCCUGACAACCCUACCACAACACAGCACACUUCCGUGGAGCAUCCCAUUAUGCUACCUCACUCGUCUGAUAACUCUGACACUAUUCCACAGAGUCCCACAUCAUCUGCCCAACCAGAUGAUCAACUUUAUGCUGUAAAACGCAUACACAAAGCUAAAAAGAAGUCAGGAGUAACUCAUUACCUAAUUGAAUGGGAAGGUUACCCCCACCUGGGAACCUGCCUCCAACCUUAGUGCGGAAAUGAUAAGUGAUUACCAUACAUUUAGAACAGGAUCUGGUCACAGACGGAAACGGAAACACAGAUAUUUUGCAAAAUCAUAGGUCUUGACCUUCCAUGCUAUUCCUCCUGGCAACAAGUCAUCAUUUGUCAAGGUAGAUGAGCUCUGACCACCCCCUACAGGUAAUCAAAUUGCCUUGUGUUCUAUAAGUGCUACGCAGUGAAAUGUUGUGGCCACAACUUUCCUGCAUCAAUGGUCAUCCCAUCUGACUUGUACUUUGGUUUCUUUUUGUCUUUGGUCCAUCAUGGAGAGCCACUAUCCUUGAGUUCGGCUGAUAUUCGUGCCUCCUGUCCUGAGUGAACUUGCUUUGCCUCCAAUCCCUAACUAUGAUAUGUACACGUCAACUACCGUUAAUUUCUCGUUGUCAUCACCACCUUAACGGACUACAAUGUCUCCACUCGUUAGGAAUCUUGGCUGUUCCUUGGGCAGCAUUUCUCAUCCUUGUCUCAAAAUCUCAACUGUCUUCUCCAAGACUUGAGUGUGCCACAAUUCCAAUUCUUCCACUCACUCUGUGUCCUUCCCAUUUGCACAUCCAACCUCCUUCUGGUGCCUCACUUCCCGCACAUUCACAAACUCUUUAAGCACCCCUUUGCCACCUAUAUCCUAAUAUUUCACAACGGAUACUUUCAAUCGUAGACCUAGCGUGAUGUGAAAUGUUUGACAGUGUAAGGGCAAAUUGUUGGGGAACGCUAAAAACUCCCUCAUCACACAACAACCUUUCCUCAUAUUAUGUAUGUUCUUGUUAACCGGUUUCCUUUUCACAGAAAUGCUUGUUCAUUACUUCAAAUUGUCAUUUUUCUUGUAGUUUAAUAUGUAGGUAUGUUUCAGAAUCUUUGUAAUGGAAAUCGUGUGCCUUAUGUUUUCAACUGAUCAAACUAUCUUCAUGCACACAUUUGUUCAUGUCCAACGUAAUCUAUUGUAUCAUUGUAUUCUGAUUAUCUAUGUAUAUUCGCUUCAUUUUAAUCCUUUUCUUUUGGCUUUUGAGGACAAAAGCUCCACGACGCACAGGGGUAUUGUUACAGUCCAUAUAUUUCAUUACACUUUUUAUAUUUUUAACAAAUUAAACUUAAACUGGGAAAUUCUAAAAUUCGAAAGUCGCUAGACCAGUAUUUCUCGUUUUUAUCGCCACUGGUCGACCAUGACGGCUGCUCCUUGGCAAGCUCAUUCACGCGAACAGUAAAUUACGUAAUCAUAGAUAAAGUCGGCGCGUACGUCCGCCCCGGCCCUUGUUCUCUUGAUAAAUGUUUUGUUACCAGCUGGCGCAGGUUUUGACCACUAUCUUAAACUGUAAUUAAAAAAAACUCUUCUUAGGCAAUACUGAUACCAUUCUAUUACCACCAGCUUUUGUGUAGUCAACUUUGACAGCCCAGGGCAGAUAACAGAGACCGAAAUUACAACUUCAAAGUAAUUGUUAAUGUGAUAAGAGUAGAGCUGUGGGGGUAUAUAACUCCUUGGGUGUUGGUCCUCAGCACACUUGCUUGAAUAAACCCUAAGGACCUCACGGCUCUCUUCUCUCUCGUUUCAAGGUAAGAAACAUUUAAAUAUUCCUAUUUUAUGACUAAACUUCUUAUUUCAUUGUUAUUAUUGUCUAGAAAAUGUUAUAGUUAAGUUGAAUCAGUACUGCCAUAUUGUAACUCUCAAUCUACUGUGUACAAGUUCUAAAUGACUGCUCAUUAUAUAUAGUAUUUACUGUUUAAUACACAGUAACUUCCCAGUGUUAUUUGAAGUGUAAUGCGUCGUGGGCUCCUCCAGUUUAUGUGUCAUUAAUAUGCGGCACCAAUAGUUCUCUCCUAUAUUUCGACAUCCAUGAUUAUAUUCCCCUUCUAUGUCUAACAUCAUCUGUUCAAAAUGCCAGAUGCAUAUACAGUUUAUAUUUCCGUGCAGUAGCGUAGCGUACAUGUAGCUUAGUCACAAAACGGUUCCUAGAGUUAACACAACUGUUUCAAGCAAGAUUUAUUCUAUACGUAGGUCGGUUAGUCCAUAUUUUCCGACAGUCCACCGAUCAAAGGUUAUAUGAGCAGCUUUACCUUCCGUGUGCGCUUACAGAAUAGGCUAUAACAACGCAUUCCAUAUUUCUUAGGUUUUAUCCUCAUUAAGUAAGUAUUUGAAUAUAUUGUAAAGAGUCCCUUUCCUCAUAUAGUUGCAUACGCUACAACACAACCUAUACUACAAUUUUAUUACCGUAGUCAUUUAAAUAGUGUUAUAGUCAUCUUUUAUACUUCAUAACAAGGUACAUUUAAACGCGCAUCGUUUAGGUAUACAAUUGCCGUAUUCACUCCAUUAGCUAGCUCCGUAUAUAUACAGGAAAUGUGCGUAGUCAAUAGCAACAUAGCCGCCGUGAUUCAUUACCGUAGUCACCAAAGUAAUCACCACUAAAACUAAUAAUUACACUAACUAAAACCGAGCUAUGUCUUCUACCGCGUACAUUCGUAUCUUUAUUUAGAUCAAGUAUUUACCUUCCGUAUUAGCCGAAAUUAUUAUGUUGUGAUAAUUAUUACUGAAACUACAAAUAUUAAUGUUUACCGUCUUUUCAUAAGUAAAUGUCAUGUUCCUCAUCUAAGCAGUUGGUGCAGUCUACCGUACAUGUUCUAUUAAAAUGUUACGACUUCUCAAUUUAGCUUUUAAGAAAUGUUAUUUGGCAUUACCGUUUUUAUACUAGUAAAUACCGCAUCUGUUGUAUAAUGUUACCGUACAUACUCCAAUAUUAAUUCCAUUGCUUUUAUUAUUAUGCCUUUAUGAGACGGACACUGUGUUAGCAUAUCAUUAUCAUUAUUAUCAUUGUAUGUCACUAUAAUAUAUUAAUUGAUGUAACUUGAAUGAUAUAGACACUUGCUUGAAUAAACCCUAAGGACCUCA